AUGAAAUACGUCAACCCCAAAUCUUCGAGGAGGGUCACUCCUUUCCAGUACAGAGUCUAUGAUUUAGUUGCACAAGUUCCUGCUGGUCGAGUCACUUCUUACAAGAUACUUAGCGACGUGUUGAAAUCAUCCCCUCGAGCUGUAGGUCAGGCUCUCAGGGUGAAUCCUUUCUGUCCCUUACCUGUUCCUUGUCACCGUGUCAUUGCUGCUAAUUAUUCUAUUGGCGGUUUUGCUGGAGGAUCUGGAGAUCAUCAGUUUACUGCAGAUAAGAGAGCCAAGCUGCAGGCAGAAGGUUGCGUAUUUGGAGAACAUUAUGAUUUUAAGCAUGAUAAAAAUGGAUCGACUGAAUUUUUUGAUAAGUUUGUCUUUUAA